AGGGUUAGGGUUCGGGUUCUUUUCUUCAUCCCAGGUCCAAAAAAAUUAUAACUUUCGUACCCAGAAGAGAUGUAAAGUAAACCUUUUCAUAAUCUUAUAUCUCAGACUCUCGAUACCAGAUUUCAUAAUGAUUCUUCUUCUAUGAUACUCUCCUUCCAAUCCUUUUCUUCAAUAAUUUGGGUAUCUUUUCUUCUGAUCUAUAUAGGGUUCCAAAUUUCUUCCAGCUCCACCGAUUAACAACAUGAAGGUUCAUCCAGCUCCAAAAAGAAGCCAUUACGAUAUCAAUUCAACUCUUUCAAUUACAAACAGAAUAAUCAACCGGCAAAAGAAACUCCGUCGCCUUCCUCAUAUAUUCAAUAAAGUUUUAGAACUUCCGUUUCAUUCAGAAACAGAUGUUUUAAUUGAAGAAAAUUCUGACUUAUUACGAUUUUCUGUUAGUACUGAGAAUUUAACUGACGAUGUAAGUGCUCAUAUGAUUGAGAUUUAUCCAGGUGUUACGAAGAUUGUUAUUCGAGGUAGUAAUGUUGAUGAAUUGAAUAUAUUAGAUGAAUUUGAGCUAUGGAGGUUUAGGUUACCACAAUCAACUACACCAGAACUUGCUGCUGCUAAUUAUAUUAAUGGAGAAUUAGUUGUAACGGUUCCAAAGAGUUCGAGUUUGGCAAAUCAAGAAAAUGGUGAAGAAGAGGGAGAAGUUUGGGGAGGAGAAGGAGAAAAUGGGGAUCUUAGAGGAGGUAGAGUGAGUCAUCUUGUUCUUGUACAGUAAUUUUUACUUUUGUUUCUCUUUUCCCUUCUAAACAACUUUGUUUAAUUGUAUGUUGGUUUGAAUUCAGAAUUAGCUGUUUAUCUUUCAUCGGAUGAUUAAUGGGUCUAAUGAAUCUCUUUCGAGUUCAUCAUUGAUUUA